AUGGCAUACAUAUCGGCCAGCCAUGGCUCGUUGCAGCCGGUGUUCCUCAUUGUUAUGAGCAUUCUGCUGUUCCUCUCGGUCGUCACCGUCUCAUUGCGGCUGUUUUGUCGGGUUUUCCGCGUCCACAAAACAGGCAUUGAUGACUACCUCAUCGUGGCAGCAACGGCCGUGACCAUCGGGAUGGGAAUCAUGAAUGGAUUCCAUGUCGCGGUAGGAACAGGAAAAUUCAGAAUUCAGGUUAUUGUGGUCGGGGCCUUUGAAUGUCACAGCAAGCCUUGGCGGGCAUGGGAUCCCUCAUUUCCCGAGGGCUGCAACAAUCUUCCAGCGACAUAUUUUUCGACCGCGGCUAUAACUAUUUUCACAGAUCUGGUGAUUCUCAUCAUGCCAAUACCGCAGCUGAUGAAGCUUAACAUCCACCCACGAAGAAAAUACGCCUUGGUAGCCAUCUUUUUGACAGGGACAUUUGCGUCCGCUGCAUCGAUCGCCCGUCUGAACGCUUUGUACAAGUAUACAGUCACGGAAGAUGUUUCGUACGAUGCCAUUCUGAUUCUUCUCUGGACGCAAAUCGAGGUGAACGUCGCCAUCAUAUCCGCAUCCGCGCCCUCGCUUCGGCCGCUAUUCAACCGUAUCUUCAAGGGUUCCUCGUACGACCGGCCACGACCGUCAAACUCCCCGUAUCCGGGAUACGGCACGUACGGACAUGGCGAAUCACAUUAUCGACGGACAAUCACGCACGGUAACACCCACGGAGCGAUCGAACUCACUUCCCGCGAUGACGACGCGAGUCCUGCCGCCGGUGUACAUGGGGUGAUCCGAUCUAGCUCGCGAGCUCGAGCGUUGGUUAACGACGAGACCAGUAGCCAGGAGCAUAUCCUUGACCAGAACACAAACAUUGUGAAGACGGUGGUGAUUGAGAUGAAGAGCGAGGGUAGGAGAUAA